CCAAUAUCGUUUUUUUUACCUGUGACUAAUCGAUCGAUCGCGCGAUCCCAUCUCGCGUCGCGAAAUUAACGCUCCGUAACAAAGCGGCCGGUGUUAAAUAGAGCGGAACGUCCGUCGCGUAACCGUCGUUGUCGUGGCGACGAUCGAACGCGCCGAUAACGUACUUCCGUAACGCCCCGUUGCAAACCAGGAUAACGCCACCGGUAGAGACGCGAGAGAGGAAGGCACGCCGGCGACGGUAAUCGAACGAUUGCGACACGAUAAAAGAGAUUUCGUCGCUACGUACGUACUCUCUCUCUCUCUCCGUGAAAAUUAAGAUGAAAUAAUUCGCAUCGCAAGAUGCCGCGUGUUCCUGAGGCGUUAUUGACACUUCGCGAAACUCCGUCGGUACUUUAUCCGCUCCCUCGUUGGAAUCGGGGUUAGAGUCGUCGGGGCUGCACCGGUGCGCGAUGAAUCCCGUUGGUGUUCGAGCUUAAGCCAAAGCUGUAUGGCAACAGCGUUUCAAAGAUAAAAAGAUGUCCAGGAAGCGUCCCAGGGAAGAAACUAUGAUAGCCGCCGCAUCUCAUCAGGACAGUGUCAAUGGAGAAAGCGCGUCUUGUUCAAGGGAAGAUUCUCCAGUACAUGCUUCUAUCUGUAAGGAAGCCCCUUUCAGUGAUGAUGUAGAGGCGAUCAUAGAGAGAAAUGCAUGUGACUAUAACAUACGAAUUACUCUAAAGCAAGCAAGGAGUGGUAAAGUUCCUAGAAAAGUUAGAGUCUAUGCCGAUGGUAUCUAUGAUCUCUUUCAUCAAGGACAUGCACGGCAACUUUUACAAGCUAAAAAUAUUUUUCCAAACGUAUAUCUCAUUGUUGGAGUGUGUAACGAUGAACUUACUCAUAGCAAGAAAGGAAGAACUGUAAUGACAGACUUAGAAAGGUACGAUGCUGUUAGACAUUGUAGAUAUGUAGACGAAGUCGUGCGAGAUGCACCCUGGGAACUUGAUGAUGAAUUUCUCGAGAAACAUAAGAUCGAUUUUGUCGCUCAUGAUGACAUACCUUACAUGACAGAUGAUAGUUCAGAUGUCUAUGCGAAGUUAAAAGCUAAAGGUAUGUUCGUAGCUACACAGAGAACGGAAGGAGUUUCUACUUCAGAUAUAGUUGCAAGAAUAGUUAAAGACUAUGACAUAUAUGUCAGGAGAAAUCUUGCACGAGGCUAUAGUGCAAAGGAACUCAACGUUUCUUUUCUAAAUGAGAAAAAAUUCCGUCUACAAAACAAAUUCGAUGAUCUGAAAGAUAAAGGAAAACGAGUAAUGGAAAACAUUGGUGAGAAACGGAUGGACAUGAUUAGCAAGUGGGAAGAGAAAUCUCGCGAUUUUAUCGAUGCUUUCCUUUUGCUCUUUGGAAGGGAAGGCAGAUUGUCAACAAUUUGGAAUGAAAGUAAAGGUCGUUUGAUGCAAGCACUAUCUCCACCGGCAAGUCCAAAAAGAGAUGGCAGUCCAAACAGUAGUAAUAGUAGCAACAAUGAUGAAGAUCAGACAAGUCCACCACCAAAGAAGACCGGACGCUAUGAAUUUUCGCGCAAUAAUCAUUACCUAAGUGAUGAUUAUAGCGACGAUGAAGAGGAAAACUUGCACUCUAAAUGAUAGCCGACUAUAUUAAAGAGGCGUACUCUGACCAAAAGUACUGUGCAAUUUUUAUUUACUAUUUUGAAGUUUAGAUGUAUUUUCAUACAGCUACAUGAUCUGGUGAUGCGAAGUGCUGCGCUAUGCUUAAUAGAUUUUGUAUGGUAUGAUCUAAUACUAUACAUUAAACGAAAUUGUUCGUUGUGAUGCGAAUAUUUAGUUUAAUUACUGAUUUUAUUAUUCAGAUCACGAUAUACACUUCGUUUUAACACGGUUUGGGAAUUUCUUUUUUCUCGAUUUAAUUUGGAACGCAGUUGAUUGUCUAUUGAAAGAAUCUCUAAGAAUUAAUCAAAAACAAGUUCUCUCAUUGAACAAUCGUCUGCGUUUUAAAUUGUAUAACGAGAAAAAAAGUGUCCAAAUCUUAUUGAAACCAAGUGUACACGAUGAUAUAGGCGAUAUACUGUAAAAAUAAUGCAAUAUGUUCGGUAUUUCAUUAUUGUUAUAUUUUACAAUAUUCUUACACCGUUCCUAUGUUCUAUAAAAAGCAAAUUUAUUAUUUUCGUUAAAUUUGCUAUUUCAUCGUGAUCAUAAUCGUCAUCAUAAUAUAAAUCUUAUUCGACAUUUAUAGAUCCCUUUUUGAAGAAUAAGUACAAAAGGCUUAUUAAAACGGUAUUCGUAUUCAUAUCUAUUGCAAAAUACUAGCACAGGUAUAGAAGUGCCAGAUUAAUUUUAUACGAUAAAUUUCUUUUUUACCAAAAAUUUUAUAAAAAUUGAUCUUAUUCGCAUAAGCAUUUCUUCUUAAUCUUUGCAAAUGCAAAUUAAAUUAAUUUUAAGAAAGACACUUAUAAAUACAAUUUUUAUUUUAAAUAUGGAAAAUCUAAGAUGUACGAAUCAGAUACGUUUAGCCUCAUAGAAGUUACAAAAUUGUAUUCUGUAUUAAGUAUUGUGCGUAUAAAAAAAGAAGAAGUAAACACAAACAUUUAGAAAGUCAGACGCUUAUAUAGAAUCUGUUUUAGCACAUAUUAGACAUUUAAUAAAAGUUUACAACAAAACAUGUUUACAAACGUAUUAUUUGUUAAACUUGUAAGUUUCUUUUGUGUGAUAUUUUAUUGAAAUGGCAUUAAAUUACCAGUUGCAUUGUAGAAGUAAUUAAUGAAAGAGCUUAAUGCGUGUGAUGAAUGUUCUUCGAGGAAAUGUCGAAGAUGUAACAGGAGAGGUCGCGCUAAAAUUACGCUAUAAAAUAUACUCCGCACUUAUGGAGCAUAAUUUUAGUGUUAAUAUGUAUUAGCGAUGUAAGAUCAGAUUUGAGCUAAGACGGACGGAUAUCAAACUUCGGUGCAAAAGAGCUGUAUACUUAACACACAGCAAGUUUCUCGUGAUAUGCCGAUGCUGCCUCAGUUUGAUAUAGCGUGCAUUUGAUAUUUAUUGUUGAUCAGAAAGUCCUAAUCCCUAAAGUAUUUUAUGACCGAUAUAAAAAUAAAUGCUUUUUUUUCGCAAAGAAGUGUUACGGAUAAUACACGUUUUAUAGCCAUGUGUUCUUACACUUUUUAGAUACGUAAAUUGUUACAUUACAGAUUGCUUAGUAUGCGAAAUUAAUUUUGUAGUGUCUGAGAGUGCAUUUUGAUACUAUAUUCAAUACUAGAACAGAUCUGUUACCACGAUUGUAACUUCUUAAUUAGACAUAUUUGUAGAAUUUCUUUAAGAAUUAAACGAAUGUUUCUCUGUAAAAUAUUUAUUUAAAUUGUACGGCAGAUACCAACACCGUGUAAUAAGUGAGAGAUUCAUGUAUAUCAUUAAUUACAUGUUAUUAUGUAAUAUAAGUUAUUUAUAUGAUUUAAUCGAACAUUCGUAUUUUCCUACAACGAAGAUGAAUACAUGUACGAGAUUAUAUUCUUUAAUAUCAUUGUAUUAUGAUUUAACUCUGUAUUUAUAUAUACACGAUGUAUAUGAUUUACUAUAUUUAUUCUCCGAAUGGCAAUAAAAGGCACUUUCUGUAAAA